AUGAUCCUCACCCGCCUCAUCUCCCUAACCAACUUCGGCGUCGCCUCCUCCGCCCUGGCCUUCCAGGUCUUCGUCCUCUACCCGUGGCACCACCAGCUCGACGACGAAUUCAAGUCCCUCAAGGUCGAACACCUCCGCCUCCUCAGCCGGCUCGAUCGCAUCGCGCCCCCGGAAGUGAAGCCAAUCGCCGAAGUGAAACCAAUCGCCGAAGCGAAGCCACUUGCCGCACCGAACUGA